AUGUCGAGCUCGUCUUCAUCCACGCUCCCAAACGCAACCAUCUUCUGUAUCAUAGCGCUGCUCGGGCAGCUCGUGCUGGUCGCCUCCACGGAUCCCUUGCCACUGGCGCAGCAACUGCGCAUCUGGAAGUGCAGGCAGCGCUGCUACCAUCAGACGGACGUGUCGCCCUCGCUGUGCCACGCCCGGCCGGAUUGCUAUAUGUGCCACGACUACUGCCGCGUCCUGGUCGUCGCCGAGUGGAGCCUGGCCAGAUCCAUGUGCGCGGAUCGCAUCUUCUGCAGUCGCGGCUGCCGCACCGCCUGCCAGUUCCAUCGACUGCACACGGCCACGGCGGCGCCCUUUGCCAAUGCACUCCACAAGGCUGAAAUGCGCCGCGACGAGGUUGAGGAUGAGGAUGAGGCUAAGGCUCAGGCCGAGGAGCUGCACAGCGCCUGGGGCGAUGCAGGCAGAGGCAGCGGCUGA